AUGACUAAUCAUUCUGCAACCCUCAUAUUCUUCAUUGCUGCUCUCAUAGUGUACUCAGGAAUAUUUGUGCGGCUUUCAAUGUGCAAAUUUUGCACUGAUGGUUUGGGUGAAUGUGACAACGAUAAAGGUUGCAGUUCAGCUUGCGCCGCGAAAUAUCCCAGUGGCGAGGGAUCUUGCGAGGUCGUAGAAGGUAAUCUAAAGCUGUGUUAUUGCUACUACAACUGUGAAGGACGUCAGCCACCGGCCACAAUAUGCAAUGACAGCAGUUUGGGUGUGUGCGAGUGCGACUGUGACCAAGAUUGCAGUGCAAAGUGUGCAGCCAAACAUCCUGGUGGGCAGGGAUCUUGUAGCGGCUUGCCCUUAAAUAAUGCGUGCCAGUGCUUCUACUUGUGCUAA